AUGGCUCUGAGAGACGUAUUGUUUUGCUUUUUCGUGGCAUUGCUAGCCGUAAACUUGAUCCUAGCGGAUGAAACAACCGAAGCACAACCGCAGGACAAAGCUAGUCCGUUCUCCUUACCCUUCAAUCCGUUUAGUUUCUUCAGCCAGUUCCUUCCGUUUGGAGGUGGAAGUUCGCGACAAGCUAGAGAUGUGAGCCCAGAUGAAGAGGAGAACGCCAAUGAAGCUCCUAAUAACCGGCUUUUCUUCUCCCUCGGACGUGCUCUAGUUACCUGCAAUUACACGGCUACUCCUGGCUUAUCCUGUAUCGGCUGCUACCAGACCCUAGCAUGCCGUCCAAAUGGCGUUGGUGUACAGAGGCGUUGUUCGUUGUAUUGUAACAGUGGUCGCUGUUCCUUUGUUCCUGGUUCGCAAUGUCUAAACUCUACUGUUGCUGGUUAA